UUUGAUUGUAAAUAAACUCGCUGAAAUAAACAAACAUUGCGUAAACUGAAAAUUUGUAAUUUUAAAUCGAAAUAAAAAUAAUUUUAAUUAGUUAUAUAUAUAUUAAAUAUGGUGUUUCGAAAUAUUGUGCGUAGUUGGAUUCUAUAUCCUAAUUCCAUUCAUGUUUCCUUGUUGCAGAGCAAAAUAUGUGGAUACCCUUCAAUCUUUAUGAGAUAUUGCAAUAGUAGAGCUCAUGUUGUUCAGAUGCGAGGUUUAGAUUAUGAAACUAAAGAAGGAGAUGUUAUUGAUUUUUUCAAGCCAUUAGGCAUAAAACCAAAAGCAGUGUACUUGAAAUCGGAUGCAUCUGGUAGAACUUCUGCUGUGAGUGAAGUUGAAUUCUCAUCUCAUGCUGAAGCUGUUGUUGCUAUGAGGAAGAAAAAUGCUUUUAUGGGUAAUCGUUUUAUUCGUUUAACUUUGAAGUCUAUCGAUGCUAGUCAAGAAUCAAAGAAGAUAGUUGAUAGUAGAACUGUGGAAAAAACACAAAAUGAAGGAACAUUUAAUGUUUCUGAACACUUGGAAAGAUCUCCUUUACCAUCUGGCCACACAGUUAAAAUGAAAAAUGCACCUCCAAGAAUGUCUGAUCAAGCCAUACAUGAUUUAUUUUCACCUAUUGGUCUUGCUCCCAUAUCUGUUAAGCCUAUGUAUGAUGAAAGUGGUAUACGAACUGGUGAAUUUCAUAUACAGUUCUUGACUAAAGAAGAUGCAUUUAGGGCUAUGCUGAAGAACAAUACUUAUGUUGGUAAAAAGUUUGUGGAAUUGUCACUAGGUCAGAGUUGACCUAUAGAAAAAGGAUAUUGUGUUAUGCGUAGAAAUGAAAAGCCUAUUGCUUUCAAGUUCCAUACCUAGAUCUUUAAUGGCAUCUAUCAAUAUAUAGAGAAAGGUCUACAGAGAGAAAGCAUCUAUCUAGAGCUAAAAAGCAUGUAUCUAGAGAGGGAGAAUGCAAAGUUAUUAAAUUUUCAAUACAAAACUGAUUUUUUUAAAUCAAAAUAUUUGUAAUUUUUAAAAUUUUUUAUGGAUAUCACUGGCAGGGUGCAUUUUCUUUUUCUCGAAAUGCGGGGUCAUAGCUCCAUUUUUACAAAGGCUUUUCAUGGAUGUGGUCUAUAUUUGGAAAAUUAUACUUAAAUAAAAAAUAGCAUACUCAAA